GGCUCUGCUCCCUUUUUCCAUGUGAUUUCCACAUUUCCAGCGUUAAAUUUAACUCUGAUUUAGUCACAUCUCACACACUAUAUAAGUUUGUCGGAAAUUUUCCUGGACUCCACACCUGAUAGCCUUUAAAACUUCUACACACACGUUCUUAAACGCCAGGCGACUUCAGAGCAGGACUGGGGCGCCUGGCGCGGCUGGGAGCGCGGCCCUGGGGACUCCGGCCGGCACGAAAGAGCGUAAGAACCCGCGCGGGACUCCGGGCGCAUCGUGGCGCUCCUGGUGGGGCUCCAGGUGGGGCUCCAGGUGAGCCCGGGGCGCGCCCGCCCGCACCACCCAACGCGAGAAGCCGUCCGAGACUUUAACGUCUCCAAACUCGCAGCAGCGGGAGCCUCAUGCCCCCUUGGCGGAGCCUCCUGAAACCCGUCAGCGGCCGGAGCCGUUGCCGAGAUGAGGACACUUCCAACCUGGGGAGCCAGCAAAAACUAAGGCCACGCAAGGCAACUCGGUUCCCAGACCUCUCCCCGGCGACCCGGGAACCCAGCGCAGCGCGGGCACGGGUUCGCCAGGUGCAAAGGAGGCAGCGGCGCCCGGGCGGCCCGGCUCGGCCCCGCCCAGGAGGGACCCGCGCGGCGCCUGAGUGGGCCGGAGGGACGUCAGUCAGGCGCCGAGGGCGAGACCCGGGCGCGCCCGCCCCCUGGCUGGACUAUAAUGUGGCCCCCGCCGGGCUGCAGCAGCCGGGCGGCGGUGGGCGCCUAGGCAGAGAACAUGGACUGCGCCCGCCUAUGGCUAGGGCUGCUGCUGCCUGUGGUAGCUGCGCUGGACUUCAUCUACCACCACCAGGGACAGAUGGAAGCAUUUCUGAAGGAUGUUGCCCAAAACUACAGUUCUGUCACUCACUUGCACAGUAUCGGGAAAUCUGUGAAAGGCAGAAACCUGUGGGUUCUUGUUGUGGGACGCUCUCCAAAGGAGCACAGAAUUGGGAUUCCGGAAUUCAAAUACGUGGCAAAUAUGCACGGAGAUGAGUCGGUAGGGCGGGAACUGCUGCUCCAUUUAAUUGAGUAUCUCGUAACCAGUGAUGGAAAAGACCCUGAAAUCACAAAUCUAAUCAACAGUACCAGGAUACACAUCAUGCCUUCAAUGAACCCAGAUGGAUUCGAAGCUGUCCAAAAGCCUGACUGUUUUUACAAUAAGGGCAGGCAUAAUAGUAACUACUAUGACCUGAAUAGAAAUUUCCCUGAUGCUUUCGAAUUUAAUGAUGUAUCAAGGCAGCCUGAAACUGUGGCGGUCAUGAAGUGGCUGAAUACAGAGACGUUUGUCCUCUCUGCAAACCUUCACGGUGGUGCCCUGGUGGCCAGUUACCCGUUUGAUAAUGGUGUUCCAGCGACUGGGACAUUAUACUCCCGGAGCUUAACCCCUGAUGACGAUGUUUUUCAAUAUCUUGCACAUACCUACGCUUCAAGAAAUCCCACCAUGAAGGAAAGAAAUCCAUGUAAAGCUAAAUUAGAGUCUCAGAGUGGAAUUAUAAAUGGAUACUUCUGGUAUCCACUCAGAGGUGGAAUGCAAGAUUACAACUACAUCUGGGCCCAGUGUUUUGAAAUUACAUUGGAGCUGUCAUGCUGUAAAUAUCCUCGCAAGGAGAUGCUUCCAAGCUUCUGGAACAACAACAAGGACUCGUUGAUUGAAUAUAUAAAACAAGUGCACAUAGGUGUAAAGGGUCAAGUGUUUGAUCAGAAUGGGACCCCAUUACCCAAUGUAAUUGUAGAAGUCCAAGACAGAAAACAUAUCUGCCCCUACAGAACCAACAAAUUCGGAGAGUAUUACCUCCUUCUCUUGCCUGGGUCCUAUGUAGUAGAGGUUAUAGUUCCUGGACACGAUCCACAUCUCACAAAGGUGACUAUUCCCUCAAAAUCCCAGAACUUCAGUGCUCUUAAAAAGGAUAUUUUACUUCCAUUCAGAGAGCAAUUGGAUCAUAUCCCAGAAUCACAUCUUUCAUGUCCUAUGAUUCCUCUUUAUAAAGAUUUGCAAGGCCACUCAGCUGCAACAAAGCCCAGUCUGUUCUUAUUUUUAGUGACUCUUUUUCACAUGUUGUUCAAAUAAAGCAAAAUGUGAAACUCAACCCCCAUCACCACCUGGAAUCAGGGAUUACUCAUGCCAGGUUACUGCAACUCUAACUCCCUCUGUGGGACCCUGACUGGAUAAAUGCCACAGUCCUUCCCUAAGAAGAGUUUCCAAAUCCUGCAACAAGCAAUGAAUGGUAAUAAUGAAAGGAAUGAUUUAGUCUUAAUGAUGGAAGACACCUAACCAUCGAGUACUGCCCACUUACACUUAAUCUUGAAGUAGUCUUAGAAAUUUCUAAGAAGUUAAACUUGAGAAGAAAAAAGUUCCUGCAAGAAAAAUAGGAGCUAAUUUUGUAUACAGAGCCAAAUGAAUAUAAGCAAUGAAGAUGAACAUUUAUUGACUACCUACUAUAUACAUGAUCUUGCCACGUGUGCUGUAUGUGAAGAGUGCCAUAUGUAUAAUUUUCUGCACAAGAAGAAAUGAUGACAGGACUGAGAAUAUUAAGUUUUGCCAAUGUUCUAAGGAAAUACAAGAAAUAGGCAACCAUGUCUCGGUGGCCCAAGAAAUAUGGGCCUGAUGGGAUGACAAAUUUGUCUACAGAGCCCCCAAAUAAUAGUUCAGUUAAGUAAGGGCCCCUGCCUUUCUGCAGCCGGAUGCCACAGUCCUUUGUUAUGCUGAAGAUCCCUAAAUGCCUGAGCUUCAGACUCAGGUCUGACUGCCCACUGGACGCACCUCCCUGGAUCUGACUUACAGAUACCUCCAACUCAUCAUGUUGAAUAUUGAACAUACUGUUCUCCCCAGAGCUGCUCUUCCUCCUGCAUUCUCUGAGUUGCUGACAGCACCAAACUAGAAACCUGGGAGUCACCUGCGACACUUCCUCUUCCUCCUCCAUCCCAUAUAUUCAGUCAGUCACUAAAGAUUGUUAUCUGUAAGUGUCAACUGAUUCUACCCUUUCUUCAUGGCUGCUAACAACUGCCAGGUUUAGGCUGUCAUAGCUUACCUGCAACCAUGGCAACAGCUUUCUUGGUCUCUUGCUCCCAGCCUUCUCCUCUUCAGAUCCAUCCUCCUCACAGCACUGGAGAAAGGAGUCUAUUUAAAACAAAAAUCAACUAUCAACUGCUUGUAAUUCCUACACACAUAACAGGCUGUGUGUGUCUGGAAUGCCAUUCUGACCAACUACCUUUUCUUUCCCACUCCUUUAAAACUUGGUUAAGGUAUCAACUCCUCUGGGAGACCUUUGCUGACCAUCGUCCCAUUCCACCCAGUUUCAUCUCCUCCUGUCAAUUUGGGGGCCCCGCCUCUUUGCUUCCCCAAUUAAACAGGUUACCUCUAUUAUGGGAUUUACAACACUGUAUUAUGAUCUUCUACUUCCAUGUGUGAUUUUUCUCUAGUAGAGUGUGAGGUCUUUGAGGCCAGGGUCUAAUUUGUUUGAAAAACUUAUUUUUUUUAAUCCUCAGAUCCUAGCACAUGGUGGGACCUGAAUGAAUGAACAAAGGUUUCUAGCAACUUGCUACUGUUAAAACAUUGUAUGUAAGAAUUAGGGGGCGGGGGGGGGCAUUAAACAAAAAAAUUGCAACUGUGGUAAGUAGAUUUCUGAAUGCUGUGUACUGCUCAUAGAAAGUGAGUUGCUUUGGCUCUUAUUUUAAAUUGAAAGUUCUAUGGGAUCUGGAAACAAAAACUAUACUGGGCUUGGUACAUGCUUGGGAACCACAUAUGAAAAAGAGAUACAUGGGCAUUUAGGAGCUAUUCCUGUGCCAGGUUUAUUCUACAUGCACAAAAUCACACAUGUUAAUAUAAGCAAAAUUUGUUAACUUCUUUUAAAUCCGGUAAUAACCUGAAUAUCUUGAUCAUUUUUAUUUAAAUAAGCAGUAGUUUAUUAUAUACUUGAAAGUAUAUAUUGAUAUAAUAUUGCAGAAAACUAUUUUGGUAUAUUACAUGUAAAAGUACCUAAAACUCAACUUGAUAUACCAUCAAGUCCUAAACAAUUUUCUAUCCAGUAUUCUAACUUUUCCUUUUCUAAGACAGCAAUUUUUGAAGGGAAAUGAACCAAAAUCUGAUUUGGUUCAUGAGCCUUAAUGUAAAUUUCUUAAGGGAAUGUUUUUAAAGUCAGAAACUUUUAUCAGAAUCAAACUUAAAACCAUUUAGAGGUAAGCAGAACAAUUUAGAGUAAUUUCCAAACCAAAUAUAAACCAAAUCUGAAUUUCGUUCGGAGCAGGUUUGGGGUACCUAUUUUGCAGCAACCGCUCUGUGCUUGGAAAUGAAGUCUGUUACAAGGAUUUAGUGUGGUAGAAUCCCAGCUACGCCCUCCACUAAUCAAGUGAAGUGCUCAAGAGGAGAAACCAUCAUGGAAUUCUCACUACAGUGAGACUAGAUCCCCAAAUCUCCCUGCAUAACACCUUUCCUCCUGUUCUCCACCCGCUUAAGCUGGUGGUUAUGCUCCUCGGGUUCUAAGUUCAGGGAUAGUUCCUUUUAUAAAGAAACCAACGUGGUAAAUGUUUUCAAGAUAGGAGAAAAGAAGGUAGCAUAUGUAAUAAAAUGAUAAUUAGAAGGCAGGAGGAGCCUUGCGAUCAAACACACCCCACAUUCGGUUACCUUACCUGUAAAAUGAAGGCCUCUGCUUGGCUAAUUCUGUGACUGUCAGAAGUAGUGGUGUAAGAUGCCACACGCUGGUGCCAGGUUUGGUGCUUGCCCAGGUGGAGCAAGAACAACACUGAAGGGGCAUAAAUAUUUUGAAGGCAGUAUAAUACAACUUAUUAGAGACCAAUAAACAGAAUUGGCCUAAAAACGGAAAACACUGGCUAGCUAAAAUGACCAUUUAAUAAUAUUUAAGGAAACACUGAUGAAGUAACACAGCUUUUUCUCUUGUACCUCCUCAAAUUAUAAUAAAUGUUAACAUGAAUGAAUUUAAAUGGUGGGGAGUAUUUUAGAGAAAUGUUGAGUCCCUGCAGAUAAGUGUCAAUGUUGAUUUUGGUGCUUAAUUUAUCGCUGACUUGAGCUGUUGGAUGUUAUCAGAAAUGUUAUAAAGCCUCUUCUCAGUAUUUCCACAAGUCUAAGAAAUCAACGUUUCCGUCCCAGAAGCAAAUUUGCAUUUGUAAUGUUUCUUAAAAUGGUAGGAGAGGUUAACUCUACCUUUAGAAGGUGAAAAUAUCUGGCACCAGAUUAGAAAUAUCUUUUCCCAAGGAAUUCAGAAAAAUGAGCAUAGCAUAUUGUCUCACCACAGCAGGCUAAGUUUCUGAUUGAAAAAUUUGGUUCUUAUUCCACAUGGUGACAACAGUUGAUGCCUGUUUUAUGACAGAUUUAGAAUGAGGUUAGGGGAACAAUGAUGAGGUUAAAGAGGGGAAAAAAAAAAGUUGACAGCACAUAAAGUAGAAGUUUGAAGAGAAGAGUCUAACUUCGUUAUAGUAUGUACCACUGAUAAAGCAAAUAUUGUACUGUAUUGCUCACAAACCAUUUUAUCAUACUGUAGCAUGUGAACUACUCCACAGCCUGAUAGAUGUUGCAUAAGCUGAUUUUACAAGUUUUCUCAGUGACUCUUGUACUAUAAGAACUUAAAAUGCACGAAUUGUCUAAGACUAUAAAGUUUUAUUGGGUAGGGGCCAUGACUACCUCUGAAUUCAGUAAAAUGAGAAUAUUUGAUUCUCAAUAAAGAAUAUUCAUAUAAACAA